ACAUCCGCCUAAGGGCGGAUCCUGCUCUUGUCCGCCUGCUCAGCCGCUGGCUGUUGAUUUCUACUUUAGUUGAUACUUAAUCAGUGACGAAAUGAGCACAGUUAAAAGCUUCACGAUCUCAUACAACGCGCUGAACGAGGAGGACACGUUUUCCGAGGGGGACGUUAUCGUGGGAAGGGUAACUCUGGAGUUAUCAAAGGAGACCAAAGCUCAGAAGCUGUUUGUUAAAGCUAAAGGAGACGCAAACACUCACUGGACCAAAAAGCGCGGCGAUCACACGCACACGUACUCAGCCCACAGAAGAUACUUCAAACUGAAACAGUUGUUGAUUCCAGAGAGCUCUGGAGACACUGUUCUGCCUGAAGGAAUCCAUGUGUUCAACUUCAGCUUUAACUUACCAAGAGAGAGUAUGCCUUCAUCUUUCAAAGGGUCAGAUGGAAAGAUUGUCUACAUGCUGGAGGCCAAGCUGUCCAGAAGUUGGAGAAUGAAUUCCACUGCCCAAAAGGAGAUUACCUUCAUUUCCAAGUCUUUCCCCAAUCUUUAUUCUCUCAUGUCACCACAAGUUGGUUCAACGGACAAAAAGAUGGGGGUUUUCUCCAAAGGACAAGUGCACAUGGACGUCACUGUUAACAAGACUGCUUUUGCCCCGGGCGAAUCCAUUGAGAUUGUUACUCAAAUCAACAAUUCCUCAUCUCGUGACAUGACACCCAAGUUUUGUCUAGAGCAGCGUGCUGAGUUUCAUGCCCAAGGAGAUACCAGAACGGCAAGCCGUGAAGUGGGAAAAGUGGUUGACAUACCAAUCAAACCCCAAACACAGCAGAAGGUGAAGUGCGUGUUAAAGAUUCCCAGUGAACAGGUCACAUCGAUCCAGAAUUGUGAAAUCAUCAAAGUGGAAUACCAGUUGAAGGUGUAUCUGGACAUCAGUUUUGCCUUUGAUCCAGAAGUUUUGUUCCCAGUGGUAAUUAUUCCUCCCGACUUAGUUUCUGGUUCUCAUAUUGGUGCAAUGGGUCCCUAUCCUUAUGGGGCUUUUGGGGGUCAGAGCUACAGCGACUUUCCUCCCCCUUCGGGUCCUGUGGGCCCUUAUCCUGCAUAUCCACAAUCUGUUAGUUAUGGCUUUCCAGGAGUCCAAAAUCCUUCUGCACCACCGCCUGCAUACCCAGGAAACCCACAGGUGUAUGCAGGUCCACUAGAUGUUUCCACUCCUCAUUGGGGCUACAAUAACCCAGUGCUACAGGUUCCUUGUCCACCAUAUUCAUCUCCAUCCCCCACUUUUGUGCCCCACCCCCCACCACCUCCUCAGGCCUUUCACCCACCCCCAUCAGCACCACAGAUCCAGCUACCUCCUGCUCAGGCUCCAUUAGCUCCAGCUCCUUCUGCACAAAUGAUGAAUACAGAUUUCCUGUCUCAGACAGAUGAAAAUCCUCCAUCUUAUUCAGUGCUCUUCCAAUCUUCUACUCCUGUAGAAUCUGAUCCUAAAUAAUCAAAUAAUAAUUUUUAAUAAUCAUGUAGCCAUCUAUAAUUAACUAAACAAAUGGUGAUUUAGCCUUGACACUGUAUGCGAUUGCUGCUUUCUAGUCAGUUUAAAGCUGGCUGGGCUUUUCUUAGCUACCAAUGUAACAACUAAACCUCAGCCUAAGGAUGCACUCCAGUAUACAGGCCUUGUUAACUUUAAAGUGCACUUUUUUGAGCAUGAAUGUAACAUAUGUACCUCCAUUUUAUUUAAAUACUGAUUAAAGCUACCUGAAUACAUAGUGCAUUACCGUUCGUAUGUUUACUUUUAUCUUUCUGUAACCUAAUGGCAUUAUGCAGAAACAUAUAUUUUCAUUUGCCAAAUCUGUUGAGACGCACCAGUUAAUCAGUUCUGAUCACUGUCAAGUCCCAGCUUCAGCUAGGUGGAACAUCUUAAAGAUCUAUAUUAGACUGUGAGCCAUGUCUUCUAGUGCAGAGAGAUAGGUUGUUUUAUUUAUUAUUAUUAUUUUGUAUUUUAUCAUAAUACCCAAAAGCGCACACAAAAACCUUGUGGAAAACAUUUCCUUAAAGGUGUGAAACACUUGUUUUAUCAAUACAUUUGCAGUGGUCUCUAGAAGGAAUGGAAGUUUUGUGAGUCGUACUCCAGGGGAAAAAAGCUCCAGUGCACCAGUUUCAGGAAUUAGAAAAUGAUCACACAGAGGAGAGCUUCAGAUGGCAAGAUAUGGACUCUUUAUUUCCUGAUAUUCAGACAUCUUGCCUUGGAUUGGAUAACAGCAACGUGACUCUACCACUGACUCUGUUUGCUCGGCAAAAUUCAUGUUUUAUCUCCGCAAACAACACAAGCCUGGAGGAGUUCUUCUGUGUGGUAGAGUUGCUAAUGCUAAAGGUUAACUUCUACUAGCCAAGACAAUCUCUGAUGUUUCCUGGACGCUAAACCAACAACAGCCUUCCCCGUCGCGAGUCAAGAUCAGUGAGUCCAUGAAUGUUAAGUGACAGUGUGGUGUAGAUCUGUCAGGCGUUUCUAAUCCUAGAGGUUCACUAUCAGUUUUCUAUUAGAAUCUAAUGCAGGAGAGAGGUGUAGGAGACUAUUUUCAUGUUCAGCCUGCAUGAAAAAUGUAGAGUGGCCCAUUAUAAUCAGAAAUAUUAUUUUUUAAAUGUUUUAUGUAUUCCACACUUUUAAAAGUUGGAUGUGGGUCAACUUCAUGUUGAGGGUGUGAUGUCUUUUAGUUCAUGUCCAGCCAGGUAAAGGCAGCUGUCCCAUUAUAUUUGGCCAUAGUGUAAAAUAAUUUUGUUAUAUGACUUGAUAAUAAUGUUACUAUUUAAACUGGAAGACUAGAAAGGGAUUGUAAUAGAAUGAUUAUAAAUAUGCCACUCAAGUAAAAGAAAAGCAUUGCAUUGAUGUUUGCAAGUCACUUCAGAUACUUCAUAGAAUUUCCAGUAAACAAAUUCACUAAAAUGAUUAAUACAACUGUGACUAAAUGGUUGGGUUUGAAGGACCCACAGCUCCACAGCUCUCAGGGGAAUCAACUAAUAGAGCUUUCAUUUUCUUCAUGUUGUAAAUUAUAUUUAAAAAUAUCCCAGGAAUUCAAAUUAUUCGAAAUAACAAUUGUUCUGCCUUAGCUCAGAUUUAGUAUAACAAUGUAUUUAGUAGAAAGUCUAUCAGUUAGUUCUUUGAUCUGUCGUAGUCACUCACGAGUUUCACUGAACAAUUAUGCUUCACCUAUAAACAAAUCAAUAAACUUAAUUUGUCUAUCAAUUGUACAAUGUAUCCAGAUGAUAGAAUGCCUUAUGUAUUGCAUUAGAUUCAUGUGUUCAGUUAAGCUACUGAAAAAUGUAAAUCAUCUAAUUGUUUUCAUUAACUCAAAUGCAUAUAAAUUACAUUUAUACACUUUGUAAAAUCCCUUAAACUGAAACUCAUGCCAAAAAACAUUUCUGAAAGUACUUUCAUAUUUUGUGUAAAUUGCUUAAAUUGUCCCAACUGGAAUAAAAUGAGUAAGACUGGA